ACACCAUCCUAUUAAAGGGAUCCGCCAGUGGGGUGUGUAGAGCAACUUGCAGCACGAACUCAAACAAGGCUUUGAAGUGAACUGCAUUAGGAGCUGGAUCUGUGCUGAAUCCUACAAUGAUUGCCUCCACACAGCAGAACAUGACAACGGAGCUGGACCUUGGCAGCACGGUAGGACCUCCUCGGAAUUGGAAGGGAAUUGGGAUCGCCAUGGUGGUCAUCUUGGGGGUCAUGUCUCUGGUCACCCUCUCAAUUUUUCUGCUCACACCUGAUGAGUCUCACCUCCUGCUGCUGUCUCGUCUCACUCUGGAGAACCUGGAGAACGAGGAUUUCCGAGUUCAUGACCCGUGUGCGAUGUGGCUAAAUGAGAACGAGGUGUCACUUUGCACACGGGAGGGUCAUGUUUUAAUCCACAGUCUCAGCACCAAUCUAACUGCCACACUAUUGGACAACAGCACCCUGGAUCUGAAGUCCAUGAGGUUCCAGGUUUCGGCUGAUAAGAAGUUCAUCCUGAUGGCUUAUAAUAUCCAACAUGUAUUCUCACAGUCCUUCACAGCAUCCUUUGCAAUCUUCACAGUGGCCAGCGGGGAGAUUACAGACCUCACCCCAUCAGAGGAGGAUACAUCUGUACUUCAGUAUGCAGCAUGGGGACCUCAAGGGAACCAGUUGGUCUAUGUCUUUGAAAAUGACAUCUACUACAAGCCAGAUGUUUUUGGCAAAUCCAUACGUCUGACAGCCACGGGCAGAAACGGGAUGGUGGUUAAUGGACUGUCUGAUUGGACCUAUGAGGAGGAGAUACUGCUGAAAUACCCUGCGUUCUGGUGGGCAAAAGAUGGCGCGCGCCUGGCAUAUCUGUCUAUUAACAACUCAGCAACUCCUUUUAUGGAGAUUCAUCACUUCCUGGGCGGGAUCUACCCUUCUAAUGUCCUCUACCCAUAUCCGAAGGCAGGUUCCAGAAUCCCAUCAGCCAGUCUGUUUGUGGUGAAUUUAUAUGGUCCAGCACACACAUUAGAGAUGAUUCCUCCAGACUCCCACAACAGCAGAGAUAGCUACAUCUCUAUGGUGAGCUGGAUAAGCAGCACGCGUCUGGCUGUGCGCUGGUUGAACCGGGUCCAGAACCAGUCUGUGCUGUGUGUGUGUGAGGCUACGACAGGAGCCUGCUCAGAGAGGCACCAAAUGGCGAUGGACUUCUGGCACAGCAACCAGCGCCAGGAGGAGCCGUUGUUCACGGCAGAUGGUUCUCUGUUUUACCUCAUCCUGCCUGCCAAGCAAGGGGCCCGUGGGGAGUUUCUCCACAUCGCCAGCCUCCCCGCUCAGACUUCCACUCCUUCGGUUUCUCCUCGCUUUCUAACAUCAGGGAACUGGGAUGUAACCUCACUGUGUGCCCUUGACGAGGAGAACGAUAAAAUCUAUUUUCUGAGUACGGAGGAGUCGCGGCAGAGCAGACACUUAUACAGCGUGGAGCUCGGAGGAGUGUUUCAUCGCCAGUGUCUGACAUGCAACCUGCUUGAGCGAUGCAGCUUCUUUAAAGCAGACUUCAGUCCCAAUCAGACAUACUUUACCCUCUAUUGCUUGGGCCCAGGUGUCCCAAAGGUAACCAUUCACAGCACAAGUGACCCUUCCAGAUACACAGUGGUGGAAGACAACAGCCUCCUCGCUAUGUCUCUUGAAACCAAGCGGCUCUCUGAGACAGUUUUCCAGACGCUUUCCUUUGACAACAGCGACCUAGAUCUGAAGAUGUCCCUGCCUCCUGGGUAUGAGGGAAACCUGCACUCUCUCCUUAUUAUCAUUGACAGUAUUCCCGGGAGGCAGUCGGUAACGGAGGAGUUUGCCCUGGGCUGGCCGGAGGUUUUAUCCAGCCUGCAUGGAGUGGCACUGGCCUGGAUCGACAGCAGAAGCCAAGUCUCACAGACACAGAAAAGCAGCACCCUGGACCCUCGCAAGCUGGGUUCCCUACGCAUUAAAGACAAGCUUGGAGUAGUGGAAUGGUUAAUGCAGUUGCCGUACAUUGAUGGGAGAAGAAUUGCUGUUUAUGGAAAGGGAUUCGGUGGCUAUUUAGGUUUGAAGAUGUUGACGGCAACCGAUCAGAUGUUCAAAUGUGCCGCUGUCAUGGCUCCCAUCACAGACUUCAAGCUCUAUAGUGCUGCUUUCUCAGAGAGAUAUCUAGGCCUUCCAGCUAAGGAGGAGCAUUCAUACAUGGCUGCGUCUUUGUUGGAUGACAUUCACAAGCUAAAAGAUGAAAACUUCCUCCUCAUACACGGGACUGCAGAUGCACGAGUACAUUUCCAACACAGCGCUGAGUUGUUGAGUCGUCUGGUGAAGGUAGAGGCCAACUACACCCUUCAGCUGUACCCAGACGAAGGCCAUUCCCUAAGAGAAGAGCGGAGCAACCAACACCUGCACCGUACACUCCUUCAGUACCUCCAAAACUGCCUCAAAUAUGACCCCUUCCUCAUCAUAGAGGAGGAAGAGGAGGACGACGAAGAGGAAGAGUGAUCUCUUCCACCGUGUCCGCUCUCGGUCCUCAGAGGUGCCCAAUACUGGUGUCUAACUUCAGGAUGCGUUAUUUCACCAAAGGAAAAAAUGAGCAGAAUGGAGAUCAAGAGGACCAAAUUCACCAGCUACUGUAUUUACCACAAACUCAAUUUUGGGAUUUCUUUUUUUGUUUGUUUGUUUUUGUUCAGACUGCAACCGUCAAUGUUUCCUGAGCGUUCAGGAAGAUGAAACACAACUGCUCUGGGUCAUACAGUUUUCAAGGAAAUUACGCACAGUGUAAUGUCUAAAGGACCCCAUGCAAUCAAUAUCUUAAGUCAGUUUAUGUGUAAAAUGGGUAAAAGAUGCAUGUUGCUCAGCCUUGAUAUUGCAGCGCCACCCUGUGUUCAAAGAUAGAAAAAAUACCAGUGGUUUUACAGAUUCAGUGUUGUUAUUGUUUACUAAAACUAUAUAUAAAAAAAUUAAUUGAAAUUAAAAUAAAAUAUAAAUAUAAGGCUGCAUAGAAAAAAACUUAAAAACUUGAAUGAAAAUUAGAAAUGUUGCCUUGGCUACUAACGGAAAUAAUAAUAAAAGUCAAAAUUAAAAAAAAAAACCUAAAAAAUAAAUUAAAGCUAAAUAGAAAUAUUUAAAAACAUCAAAAGCACAUAAAAUUACUAAAACUACUAAACUAAAAUGAAAACAUACAUAUACAACAUAUAAAAAUUAAAAGCUCAUGUAAAAUAUUAAUAAAUGCCAUAAUAUUAUAGAAAUAAUGCUGAAUAACACUGUACCUGAUGUGUACCUGAUAUUUGUAAAGAAGGGUGGAUAAUAUGAUGCUGCAGAGAUAUGGAACACAAAUGAGAUUGCUGACAUGAAAUGAAUGCCUAUUUUACACAAUAUUUAUUUAAAAUUCACAAAAAAAAAAAAAUGGAAAUAGAGACGGUUUCUUAUUCAUUGACAUCAAACCGAACUAGCACAUCUGUUAAUCAGCCUUAUGGACACUGUUACUGGCUGAUAAUCUCAACAAGACCAGAGACCUGAUCUAUCACUAGCCUAUACUGUGGAAGAUUUGAUUGAAUGUAAACUGCAAAGUGUAAUUUGAACCUGGUUCUUUAUAUGCAUGACAAACCGGAUGCAUGGUACUGUAUAUUCUGAUUCUUUCAUAAUCUCUGUGCCAAACAUAAUAGUAAUUUGUGGGGGAAAAAAAGUAGAAUUGCAUACAGUGUGUUAACCCAAAGCACACAGUGUGCACAUACAGCAAGUUUUGAACAUCUCCAAAGUAUUGCAGUGUAAGUACACGGGCUGUCCUUGCUGUAAGAGUACAAAAUCAAUGACUCACACUGCAUGCUGCUGUUUACAGAAGCCUCAUAAGGUCUCCAGCAUACGUCAUAUCUCUUUAUAAAUGUUGAGCCCUACUGUACGCAGUUUCACACAGAGAGUAACUAUUUUAACUGACAGGCAAACAUAAUUUUUUUCUGAUGCCAUUGUCAUGCAUAUGCAAAUUUCAUGUUUACAGAUCAAAUGUGCCAAAUACUCUGUGACCAAACUUUUCAGUACCGACUUAUGUUACAAUUUUGAAUGUGGCAGUUUGUGCACUUAGUACAUUUUUUAUGUUUAUCUGUAAGAUUCUUUAUGCAAGGUUUUGUUCAUUUAUAUUUUAACAAAAAAGUCUGUAACCAUGGUAAAUUUUGGUUAAUCAGUUGGUAAAAUCAGAGUACUUUUAUAGACAAUGUCCAAAAAAGCAUGUAUUUGCAUAUAUGCUUUUAUAGAUAAACUGUCGUUCAAAAACUUGGGGUCGGUAAGAUAUUUUUAAAAGAAAUAAAAUAAAAAUAAAAGUAUUAAAGUGAUCAAAAGUUACAGUAAAGGCUUUCUUACAAAAAAUAAAAAUCAUAUUUUAAAAUAAAUGCUGUUUUUAUUAACUUUCUGUUAAUCAAAGAAUAAAAAAAAGUAAUUCCAUAAAAAUAUUAAGCAGAACAACAUUGAUAAUAAAAAGAAAUAUUAUUUAUUGAUACUAGAAUGUCUUCCGAAGCAUCAUGUGACACUUAAGCAGUUGAAAAUUAACUUUGCCAACACAGGAAUAAAUUAUAUUUGAAAAUAAUUUAAAAUAGAAAAAAAUUACAAUAUUACUGUGUUUACUGCAUAUUUGACUAAGUAAAUACAGCCUUGGUGAGCAUAAAAUUCUUACCGUCCCCACGAUUUUGAACAGUAGUGUACCUCAAUAUAUGCAGGUUUUAUCAAAAGUUCACCAGCUCAUGACAUAGUGACAUAUUUUAAACAUCAUAAAGCUUAUGAGAAAACAAAUUGGACAAAAUUAAAGUAGGUUAGUUUAAAGUUUCUAAUCAUAGAACACAAGAUAUCAGCCGUCCCACCUGCUUUCCCAUUCACUAACCAAAUGGUUAUUUAUUUUUUGUGACCUUCAUGUAUUGCUGAAAUGUGUAUGUAGAAACCUUGUAAGUUCUGUGUGUUGACAUUGUGAUGCAACUAAGCAAGUUACAUAUCCCAGAAUGUCCUGUUGUGCUGUAGGUCUAAGAAAAUCCUUCCUGCCAGAGCCAUGACAAUGUUACAGGCAGCAUGAAGUCUGAAAUGAACGUCCUUGAGCCUCUGUAACUAUAUAUUUGUAUUUAAUGACCCUUUUCCAAUAAAGUCUGAAUUCUUUGCGUA